AUGGUCCAAGAGCUUGCCUGCUUGCCCGGUCCACGCUCGGUGGACGUGGACGUGGACGUGGACGUGGACGUGGACGUGGACAUGGACGUGGACGUGGACAUGGACGUGGACAUGGUCGUGGACUUUGACGUGGACUUUGACGUGGACGUGGACGUGGACGUGGACGUGGACAUGAAGGACAUGGACGUGGACGUGGACGUGGACGUGGACAUGAAGGACAUGGACGUGGACGUGGAGGACGUGGACGUGGACGCGGACAUGGACGUGGACGCGGACGCGGACGUGGACGUGGACGCGGACGCGGACGUGGACGUGGACGCGGACGUGGACGCGGACGUGGACGCGGACGUGGACGUGGACGUGGACGUGGACGUGGACGUGGACGUGGACGUCGACGAGGACGUGGAUGUGGACGUGGACGUGGACGUGGACGUGGAUGUCGACGUGGACGUGGACGUGGAUGUCGACGUGGACAUGGUGGUGGACGUGGACGUGGACGUGGACGUGGAUGUGGACGUGGACGUGGACGUGGACCUAGACAUGGACGUAGACGUGGUCGUAGACGUGGACGUGGAUGUGGACGUGGACAUGGACGUGGAAAUGGACGUGGACGUGGACCUGGACGUGGACGUGGACGUGGACGUGGACAUGAAGGACAUGGACGUGGACGUGGACGUGGACGUGGACGUGGACAUGGACGUGGACAUGGACGUGGACGUGGACGUGGACGUGGACGUGGACGUGGUCGUGGACUUGGACGUGGACGUGGACAUGGACGUGGACGUUGACGUGGACGUGGACGUGGACAUGGACGUGGACAUGGACGUGGACGUGGACGUGGACGUGGACAUGGACGUGGACGUGGACGUGGACGUGGACGUGGACAUGGACGUGGACGUGGACGUGGACGUGGAGGUGGACGUGGAGGACAUGGACAUGGACGUGGACGUGGACGUGGACGUGGACCUGGACGUGGACGUGGAUGUGGACGUGGACGUGGACAUGGACGUGGACAUGGACAUGGACGUGGACGUGGACGUGGACAUGGACGUGGACAUGGUCGUGGACUUUGACGUGGACGUGGAAGUGGACGUGGACGUGCACGUGGACGUGGACGUGGACGUAGACGUGGACAUGAAGGACAUGGACGUGGACGUGGACGUGGACAUGGACAUGGUCGUGGACGUGAACGUGGACGUGGACGUGGUCGUGGACGUGGACGUGGACGUGGACAUGGUCGUGGACGUGGACGGGGACGUGGACGUGGACGCGGAUGUGGACGCGGACGUGGACGCGGCAAGGACGCGGACGUGGACGCGGACGUGGACGCGGACAUGGACGUGGACGUGGACGGACGGGGACGGGGACGUGGAGGGGGACGUGGACGUGGACGUGGACGUGGACGUGGACGUGGACGUGGACGUGGACAUGGAGCGUGGACCGGGCAAGCUCCUCACGAGCGUGCCCGGUCCACGAGCUUGCCCGGUCCACAGGCUUCUGGACCAUGCAAGCUCCUGGACCAGGCAUGCACCUGGACCAGGCAAGCUCCUCGACCAGGCAAGCUCCUGGAUAAGGCAAGCUCCUGGACCAAGCAAGCUCCUGGACUAG